CUAGCAUAGUAGAAUUUAAUCUGUAGACUCAAACAAAUAAUGAAUAAAAACUCAUGCUAUCGUGACUGGAGUUGUAUUGCCUCAAUGACAGUCAAUACGGCCACUGUUUUCCUCUCUCUCUCUUGUCCCUCUUUCUGCUCUUUUUUCUUUCCUUUCUUUCUUCUUUUUUCUCUUCUUCUGCAAACAAAGCGUUAGACAACUGAUUCUCUCUAGCUUCACCACAAAGCUUUUUCGUUUCGUCUCGCUUUAUCAUCCUUUUUUUUUCGGAUCCCUUUUAAACAAUAUCUCGUAUCCUUUCCAAAAAUUUCCCCCCAGAAAUGCACAGAAGACACUCAAUCUGUCAGCUGGGACUACCCUCUGUUGUCGACUCUUUGGACGACUUCUUUGGAUGUCAGGAAAAGCCUCGCAACGUCGAUGACAUGUACGUUCGCAGAACUCGUUCUUCGAACCCCAUCAUGCCUUCAACCAGAUUCCCGCAGGUUGAUGGCCCGUCUGAGCGUCGUAAGGCUGUCAAGAGAAGCAACAAGAAGAAAAAGAAGAAUAAGAACCAGAGCAACGGCGAGGUUCAGGAGAGCGAUAGCGUCAACAACGCCAACCACAGCGACUCACCUCCGUCUUACUCCAGUGUUGCUGAAAAUACUGGGCCUUCCAAGCUAGCGGGAGUCAACGCAUCCAUGCCUCUCAUAAUAAAUGGGUCUUCUUGGAGAGCUGGCGUCGAUAACAGACCUGACCAGGGCCAAGCUUCCAACGACGAUAUCUUUCCCUUUGAGAUGGGCGCCGGAGCCUUCACUGACUUCUCAAUGGCCGGGGCUUCGUCAUCUGCUGCUCAGCAGCCGCACCAGAUGCAUCCUAAUGUGUCACAGGCCUUCGCAUCACUUCAACACACCAUGCAGGCCACGGCUCCGGGUGCACCAUCACCAAACCAUUUUCAAAGUAGUCGCGCUGAGACCUUUGAUCCUUCGAAACCACCGCAAUACCUGUCAAGCAAUGAUUGUGUUGGUACCCAAAGCUCAGCCGUUACCUUUCGUUCCCCUUCAGCAGUUACAACUGAAGAUACCAUUCACGCUUCGAGCGCCCAAAGUGAGAUGGCUAAAUUCGCUCAUCAACCUCACAUGUCCCACGAAGGACAGUCCCAUCCGCUAUAUUGCCAAGUCCACGGAAGAACGGCGUGCCACUUCAACCAUGGAUGUUGCGUGCAUCGACCUGAAAAUUGUUCGGUUUGUCCGCAAAAGCGCUCCUGCUGCUGCAUUCAUCACGCUGGAGAUUGUUGUCACUGCCUGUUCUCUCGGCCACCUGGAUACCCUAAGGCAAAUGACAAGCCACAGGGUGACAUGUUCAUGCCCGCAUACCCACCACCGCCAGGCCCAGUUGUUGCAGGCCCCAUGCAGGGAGCACCUAGCAUAUCUAACCACAGGCCCGGGCAAUAUUCUACCAGCACCGCUGAAAUGAACAGAGCUCAUGGCGCAAACAAACAAUGGGGCACGUACCCUGAACAUCGAGCUGUUCCCAUUGGGCUGAAUGUUCCCCCAGGUUUCAAUAUUCCUCAAGGUCCAAUUCCAAGCCAGAUGCCACCAGCGUUUGCGUUCACAGAUCCGUCGAACAAGAAUACACAGGGAAAUCUCGAGCAUCUUGCAACGCAUACCCUUGGUCUUUUUGAAAACGAGCAAUUCAGUGACUUUCAGAUCGUACUCAAGUCAGCUAAGGGCCUAUUUUUCCCAAUCACGUUCCGCACCCACAAAACUUUGAUGGCUCGUAGUCCACUCAUAAACUCCAUCCUGAAGUCACCAGCUCCCCAAGAAGGACACAGUGAGGUCACGGCGAUUGCGGGCGAGAACUUUUGUAUGUUUAAGGCGUUCCGUAUCGUGCUGCAAAAUUUGUAUGGCUUGCCUGUUCUCGACACAGAGAAUCUCAGAUAUGCAGCUAUUUCGUCUUUAGGGUACACCGAGGAGAACAUUCAAGCGUGCCCGUUCUCAAUCAACUUGGCAGUGGCGGACUUUGCUCUAUGCUAUGCUGCAGCUGGAGCUUUCUUCGAACAGAGUGAAAUCGUCGAGAUUGGUAUCAAAAUCGCUAUUAGCUUUAUCAGCUGGGAGAACAUCGAGAUGGUUCUCUACUUUAGUUUGUGCCUGUGGAAAUUCGCUAUUGUUUCUCCUAGUGACGCAGACACCGAAGUCCCAUCAGCCCACGACAAAGAGCCAGCCGGGGCCAUCCAAGGAAAACCGGACAGCCAGGCUUCAAUUGGAGAGCUUGAAGAAGUGUGGGUUCCGCGUCUGGUAACAUCUGCAAUUGAGUUCGUUGCCCGUCACGUCCAACCGGGCUUCAAGUUAUACACUCAGGCACAAACUAGGGACAUGCCGGACAGAAUCCCAAAAGACCUGCGAGUGCCAAAGCAGCCCCUUUCUAACCCAAAGCUAGCGGAAGUGAAAUUCGGGUCUCUGGAGUCUCUCGAGGAACAGAAACCGAGUCACGAGGUUGGAAUUGCCUCUGCGAUCUUAAUCUGCUUGCCAUUUGAGAAACUGAAGGAAGCAUUCGCAAUUAUGGGAUCUCGCCAGGUCUUAACAAGCGCCCUUGCCCAGGAAAUUGUCGUUGAGCGUGAGACGCGUCGUUUGCAUGCACUCCAGAUUUACUCCAAACAAGGUGGCGAGUACGACGACAACAAAAUUUCUGAUGAGAUUCGGCCCUUGGGGUACCGGGAGUUCUGUACCUCUAAGGGUGUCCUCUCAGGAACGCGUGAGCCUGCUUUGAUGGAUUUCUCACUGGAAAGGGAGUGGGUUGGGCUUGCAGUGGUUGAGAUCACAGUGGUUCAUCACAAAAAGGUCUCUCAAAGCAAAAAAUAAGACAGCCAUGCAGUCUUAGAGCCCUCCCUCCUUCCCACUUACUUUUAAGUCUUUGUCUGAAGUGGUUUGAAGUAGAUUUUGAAGAAAGAAGAUGUCUGGUUGUG